UCUAUUUUUCAACAACUCAUACACACGGUCCCGAGUCCACCAGGUAGCACCAACUUACACCAUCCACCCCAUUCCACACACCUCUAAAUAUUCUCUCCACCUCCGGCCACCGUACACAACCACCGUAAAACCCUAAAAACCAUGAGAAGAGUCUCCACACUCGCCGCCUCCUCUCUCUCACGCGCCAUCCUAUCUUCUUCCGAACACCACCACUACAAAAUCCUCUUUCCGGCAGCCUCCUCUUUCGCCGCCAAUGCCGGAUCCUCUCGCCGGUGGUUCUCUUCACCUGUAGGAUCCAUUUCCUCCGGCGGCUCUCCCUCCGCCACUAAAGUUUUUCUCUCGUUAGGUUGUCUCGCCGCCUCCGCUGCUGCCGGUGCGUCGCUCUUGGCGGAGAAAGAGGCGUAUGCGAAAGAGCCGGUUAAGUUAGAUCUGCUUCCGAAGGAGGUUGUGCUGUAUCAGUAUGAAUCGUGUCCGUUUUGUAACAAGGUUAAAGCGUUUCUAGAUUACUAUGAUGUGCCGUACAAAGUUGUGGAGGUGAACCCACUUAGUAAGAAGGAAAUCAAAUGGUCUGAUUACAAGAAGGUGCCUAUACUAGUUGUGGAUGGUGAACAGCUGCAAGAUUCAUCAGCUAUUAUUGAUCAGCUCAGAAACAAGCUCAGUCCUCCCGCGAAGUCAAGUUCACUGGUUGACGGUGAUGAUGAAGAAAAGAAGUGGCGUCGGUGGGUUGAUGAUCAUUUGGUUCACGUUUUAUCACCGAAUAUUUACCGAAACGCUUCUGAGGCUCUGGAAUCCUUUGACUAUUUCACUAGCAAUGGUAAUUUCAGCUUUUCGGAAAAAUAUACAGUAAAAUACGCGGGGGCUGCUGCUAUGUAUUUUGUAUCUAAGAAACUGAAGAAAAAAUAUAAUAUCACUGAUGAAAGGGCAGCUUUGUAUGAAGCUGCUGAAACCUGGGUUGAUGCCCUUGACGGCAGGGAGUUUUUAGGUGGUUCUAAACCUAAUCUGGCUGAUCUUGCUGUCUACGGAGUGUUGAGACCUAUCCGUUAUCUGAGGUCGGGUAAAGAUAUGGUUGAGCACACCAGAAUUGGCGAGUGGUAUACGCGAAUGGAGAGUGCUAUUGGUGAAUCUUCAAGGAUAAAGGCCUAAUCUUACGGUGAAAUGAUAUGCAAAAGUAAAGUAUAUAUACAUUUUGCCUUCAGUCUUGAUUGAAUUAUGUUGAUGAGAUUUUGUUAAAUUUUUGUUGUUGCUAUGAAUUUGUAGCACGAUAUCGGUUUUCUUUUUGCUGUAACAGAUUAGAACCAGUGCCACACAUAGGCUGGUAUAGUACAAUAAUAGAGAAAAGACUGGUAGGAUGUGAUCAUACUAUUAUUGAUACAAAAAAAAAUAAAACUCAUCAAAACUUUGCA